GUUUUUUGGAGCUACCUCAGCCGAAAAUACAAUGAGAAAGUUUUUCGUUCGUCGAGAAAGUCGAGACAGUCGAAACAUACUCAUUUUUGGUCGAGAAAAUGAAAAAAUAUUUAUGAGGGGUUGAACAAACGAUUUUUUAAAAUUUCGGUCGCGAAAGUUGAAACAUAUCAAACUUUUGUCGAGAAUGUCGAAACACAACUGAACCGGGUCGAACAAUACCACAAUUUGGUCGAGAAAGUCGAAAUAGACCAAAAUUUGGUCGAGAAAGUCUAAGCAAGCCAAAAUUUGGUCGAGAAAGUCGAAACAUUCCAAAAUUUGGUCAAGACGGUCGAAACAUGCCAAUUUUUUCGGCCGAGGAAGUCAAAACAUAUAUCGAGCUCUUCGACCCGGGUGUUAUAAUUUGCUGCUGCUCAGGCUGAGGUUUUCGACACAUGAUUCCACAAAAACAGUCAAAUUUUCGUCGCAAAUUAAGACGGUUCGAUUAAGACUCGAUAAAGUCGAACAAAUUCGUUUGACAUCGUAUGAUCGUUUUGGUCGAAUCAUGAGUCGAGCACCUCAGCCUGGGUAGCAGUCUUAUUCACUGUUGUUUGAGUCUGUUGGAAAUAGCAUAACAUUUCAAAGAGCGAAGAAAAAGAGUACAAAUUUCACAGCUUUGAAAAUCAACAGUUGUAUCAUAAUCGUUUCUUCAGUUUUUCUUGUCGUUAUACUUUUAGCAUAGUAUAUUUAUAGUGAGCCAUGCUCAAUGAGUUUACUUUUGCAAAAAUCAGAACCGGCCUGAAGGCACAGUCAACUUGAAUACUUUUUACAUCUUUUUGUAAUAAACAUACUUUGAUAACAGAAGCUCAAAUCAACCAAGCAUUGCUUUAUGAGUUUUAUCUCGCCGAUGAAGUCCCGAAAAUUUGUAUCUAGAGUCUACGAAGACCAAGUAAACGGUUUCCGUACUCAAUAUUUUCAGAGCUUUUGUACAGUCAUUUACAGAAUCGUCUGCAGCUGACUUUUCAGAUCAUGACAUAAAUGUAUAUUAGACUUGAAAUAACAAGUUUGUUCACCGCAAGUAAACAAUUAAAACAGUGGAGCCUAAGGGUUGCACCGCACAGCUUUUGAUCUUUCCUUAGAUCUGUUGAUACUGCAAACAUCUAGAUCUAGACAAUCUCCUAAAUCGCCAUUUGCUGCAUAGCGAGUGAACAUAACAGUAGAGCAAAGUACACCCUUAUUUGUCAUUGAUUUCGUUUAGUUUGGGUUUGAUUAGAACCUUCAUUUGGAUUUAUACUUUCGAGUUAGUUCUGUGGUGACAGGAGUGAAAUGGCUACACAUAAUAUCCAAACCAGCUCAUUUAACCUGGCGGAUGAUGUUGAUGACGACUCUGUGGUAACUGACCCGAUCAAACUGCUGGCCCUUUUGAAUGAGAAGUACCACAGACAGAAGGUGCUCUACUACGAGACCAGGAACUACUACUACAAACUCAACCUAUUCGUAUUCUUCCUCCCUCUUCUAAUUGUUCAAGGAUUGACGACAGUGCUUACCCAUAUGUCAUCAAACAACAUGACAGGAUACCAUGACGAGGUCAAAAUAGUAGUGGCCACACUCAAUGGACUCUCUUCUGUAUGGGCUGCAGCACAACUAAAACUGGGAUGGAACCACAAGAGGAAUUCGGCUAAUUCGACCCUGAUCAAGUACAGAGACAUGAGUGCUCACGUAGCCAUGUUUUACACCAUCAUGAACUGCCAGAAACAAAAAUCGAUGGAGGGUGUGGUUGAGUUUGUGGAGAGCUGCUACCAGAACGAACAGAGCAUCAUGCAGAAUGAAAUCAUGAUUCCCACCUUCAUUGCCAAGGCAUACGAUGAAAACAAGAUUACCCCCGACAACACUCUGGGCAAAAUGGAGAAGCUAGUCGUGAAGCAGAUGGAUUGCGAGGACACAGAUCCCUCUCAGGGUGGUAAAAAGAACCAGAAAAAGGGAAAAGACGGGACAACUGAGCUAAAUGAGGGUGGCUGGACGAAGGAUAUCGAGAAACACCCGAAGUCGGCUGACACCUUUUUGUCGCAUCACAUGCCCUCCUCAAGUUCCACUCAAGUACACGUUGAGAGCGAAGACAAACCUGCUGAAAAACAUGACAAAAAAUCCUCCCCUAGCAAAGUGGACGUGCCUAAACCUAAAACUGAAGAUACUAAACCGGAAACUGUCGCCACUCCACCUGCGGCUGCUCCAGCGACUACAGCAAGCUCAAUUGAUAAAUUCUCAGAUAAAACUGAGAAAAAGGACAAAUCUGACAAAAAGGGAAAAGCUGAAAAAGGAGAUUCGCCGAUGCCGAUGGCAUUCAAGAAACAGUUCUCGAAUUACGAGGCCGACUCGGAGGGAUCUCUAGACGGGGACGAAGACUCAAACAUGAACGCGACUGAACUGUUUCGCAAACUGCUGGGAAGAUACAGGGCUCUCAAGUGGCUGUACGGAAACGCCGCCAGAUACUACUACUUCCUGAAUCUGGGCUGUUUCUACUCUCCGCUCGUUCUGCUCUCUACCCUCGCCACCAUCCUCUCCUCCCUCGUCGCCACCCAGGAGAGCAACCACAUGCUGUCUCUCUUCAUCAUUAAAGUAUCCGCCAUAAUCUCUAUCCUCACAGGUCUCCAAAUGACUCUGCAGUGGGAGAGCGAGAGUGCGAAUUGCGACACUGCCCACGAGAUGUACAGGAAACUAGACUCCGAACUCAGCUACAGGCUGAUGUUGGCAGACCAAGGUCUACCAGUAAAGAACUCAGCCAAGUUCGCCUGGAAGUGUCGCGACAUUGAGGACCAGACGCUGGGCACUGAGCCGUCUAUUCCAGAUUUCAUCGUCGCACAGGUGAACCAAGAAGCUCUCCAGGAACAAAAAAGACUGAUUCAGACUGUGCAGAAGGCCGAAAAGAAUAUGAGCCACGCUUGAGAAAUAGAUUUAUUGUCAAUCUACUAGGGAUCAAUUGAACCAACAGCAAAAAGGGAGCGAUCUAAAAAAACUACGAUAGUUCAGACUAUCAAGCUUAAUCAAAAACAACUGAAUUUAUAGAGAACUAUUUAAAAUAAUGAAGUUGAACCUGUAAACGGGCCUUGUAAAGAUGUUUUUCGAUUCGAAGUUAUAAUUUUUUAUCUCUAACGAAUCUGGUUUAAAAUUUUUCAGAAUGUUUUUUGCAGCUUUUAUGUACACAAAAAGUGAAAACUACAAUGACCGUGUUGUAUUUUUUAUUUUCUUUUCAUUCGAAUUAACCAACUUUUA